UUACGCGGUGUUGAGUGGUUAGAGUUAGUUCGUUCAUACUUGGUUCAACCAAGAAACAACAUUUUUCACUCGUGAUUGCCUCAACAAAUUUUGUCCACAUAUAUAUAUUUGAAUUUUUUUUUUUUCUCCUCAUCACCACCUUGUAGAGUUGUAGGUGUAUUUUUCUUUUUUCAUUUUUUGAGAGAAAUUGAAGAUGUAUUCCAUAUUUGGUUAAUCAAUUAACACAAAAUUAGCAGCAAUAAUAAUGACUUUUGGAAAAGAUGCUCCUCCAUUGCCAAUGUACGAGCGUAAGGUCCUCAGACAUGUGCCUACUAUGGUUCGAAGACGAUACGAUCGAGAUCUCGACAACAAGCUUGAUGAUACUAUAGGCUUGCCAUCAAAAGGCGGCGAAAGCCAAAAUGAUGAUGAAGUUGUUCCAGAUGCCAAUCCUGCUAGUGUUAUUGAUGUGGAUGAUUUUGUUGAUGACGAAGACGAUGAUGAUUUACAUUCACAUUUUGAAGAUGAACAAGAUACACAAAUAUUAUGUGUUAAACAUUUUGGAUCAAGUGCGAUUAUGUAUUCAGAAGAUAACAAAAGUGAAAGUGGAGGUGCUGAAGAGGCGAAUUUAGCAAGCAUUAUGAAUGUUAAUGUCGAAGAUAAAAUUGAGGACGAUGCACAAUUCGAAAAUGAUGAAGAUAUGCAAGUUGAAGACGACAAAAGUGAAUAUGAUGGAACUAAAGACGCAAAUGUUACUACCAAUUAUGUGGAGGAUAGUGAUCAAGAUGAAGUUGAGGACAAAGAUCAUGAAAAUUCUGACAACAGUUGUUUGAAGGAUAGUGAUCAAGAUGAAGUCAAGGACAACGAUCAUAAAUUUGUUGACAAUAAACAAGAUGUGCAAGUUGAAGACAACAAAAGUGAAAAUGAUGGAACUAAAGACGCAAAUAUUGCUAACAAUUAUGUGGAGGAUAGUGAUCAAGAUGAAGUCGAGGACAAGGAUCAUGAAAAAUUUGACAACAAUUAUGUGGAGGAUAGUGAUCAAGACAAAGUCGAGGACAAAGAUCAUGAAAAUUUUGACAACAAACAAGUUGAAGACAACAAAAGUGAAGAUGAUGGAAUUAAAAGCGCAAAUGUUGCUAACAAUUAUGUGGAAGUGGAAGAUAGUGAUCAAGACAAAGUCAAUGACAAGGAUCAUGAAAAAUUUGACAAAAAAUAUGUGGAGGAUAGUGAUCAAGAUGAAGUCCAGGACAAAGAUCAUGAAAAUUUUGACAAUAAACAAGAUGUGCAAGUUGAAGACAACAAAAAUGUAGAUGAUGGAACUAAAUGUGCAAAUGUGGCUAACAAUUAUGUGAAGGAUAGUGUCAAAGCCGAAGUAGAGGACAAUGAUCAUGAUAACUCUAACGAUAAACAAGAUAUACAAGUGGAAGAUAGCAAAAGUGAAGGUGAUGAAACUAAAGAUGUAGAUGUUGCUAGUAAUUAUAUGGACGCCAUGGACGAAAUCGAGGACAAGAAUCGUGGAAAUUCUGAUGACAAGAAAGAUAUUCAAGGGAAAGACAACAAAAUAGAAGGCGAUGGAACUAAAAAUACAAAUAUUGUUAGGCAUCGUAUGGAUAUUUGUGCCAAAGAUGAUGACUUGAAUAUUGAACCUGAAAACUUUGACAAUAAACAAGGUUUUAGCCCUAAAGCAUUCAAGAAAACUCUGGAACGAAAAGAUUACGAUUUAUGUUGUCCGAAUUGCAAGAAUUAUAUCACCCAUACAAUGAUUUUUCGAAGAAGGGAAGAAUGCCAACAAGAGAAAACAACAUGCUAUUCCUUUCUAAUUGAUCUAUUAAGUUGCAUUCGAGGGUAGUUCACUACUUCACUACUUCACUGGACAUAUAGUUGCUCACACUAAGGCAUUGGUGGAACGAAUUCGAGAAGAUGAUCGUGAUAUUCGAGCAAGCUAGCUCUACCAUGAAUCUGGUGGCGAUUCCAGAGGAAUUCUAUGUCAAAAGUGGCUUGUGUUCAAAAUGGCGUUACUACGUAAGUGACUGUAUUGGUACUGAUUAAUUUGGUAUUGGUACUUAACUGGUGAAUUAAUGUUCUAUUGUUAUACCAAGACGCUACUAAUUAGUACCAAUAAGAGUUACUUGUACAUACUCUGUAUUGGUACUUGAAGAAAUUGUAUUUGGUUGACUUGUGUCCAAUUUGGUCACAAGCCACUUGAUUUUAGAAACCCCAAUGAUUGCAGUGUAGCUAAUUGUAGCUUUCUUUGUUGCAACAGAAAAUUUCCCUCCCUAGUUUUGUACGAUUUCUUACAUACAUUCGGGUGCAUUAAACUCUUUUGAAAUAAGUUUAGGGACCUUAGAGGCUUUGCUAAUCUCUAUUUACUAAUCAACUAGAUAGGUGUUUGUACUUUAUUUUUUUUGAUUGUUCCUUUUUAACUGUACACACACUUAAUAAAUUAGUCUACGUAACAUUUUUAAAA